AUGGAGACCGGUCAAGGCGGCCUUUUGUGGGGCAGACUGGCCAUUGACUCACAUGAUGAAAUCAUCCUGGCAUCUGAUCAGAGCUUGACCUCGCUCAUCUACCAGUUCAAUACCUCCGCCAUUAUUUUGGCUAUCCUCUCUUCCCCAUCUGUCCUAUUGUCGCAGCUCCACGUUUUGGUAUCUCACAAUGGGCAAAAGAGUCAGUGGACGCCCACCGAAGAGGCUCGGCUCCCACACUGGAUCGUCCUCCAUCCGGAUUCCGAAUGGUCGUGGGACAUGAGGGUCAAAGAGUAUUCAGAGACCAUCCGCCCAAGGACCGCGGAAUCCUUACGGUCUAAACUUCGUCAGUUGAGAAAGAAUAUCAGAAGGCGUCGUCCCGUACCUGGGAGGAAGGCGAGCAUAACACAAGGCAUGACGGCGAAGCAGGCUCGCAAAGAGCAACAAAGAGCACGAGAGAUGCCUCCUCUGGUGGCCACUAGGGCACCGGGUCAUCGGACGCAUGCCGAUUUCCGUGAUAUAAGGGCGGGACCUGAGCAGGUGAAAAGCGGAGGACAGGCGGUUCCAACCGCUGAGUUUCCGAGAACGCCGCCCACAACCCAGGUGGGCAUGAAGAGUCCUGUCCGUGGUAGGGCUCUUGCGCGCCCAGACCAAGACUCUACAUCUUCCAGUCUGUCGCAGCCACCGGUUCGUGGGCCAUGGACCGGGUCUGGCAACUCGUCUAUCAGUUUGCAGGCCGUACAAGGCCGCGACCCUCGGGCCAUCCACAUCGUUAGCGUUAGAAAACAGAAGGAACUACUGCCUGCUUCCAUUCUCUGA